AUAGUGUAUAGUUCGUUCGAAGUAAUUCUUCAAGGAACUUACAAAUUGUUAUCACGUAUUUCGAUGUCGAGAAGGUUCUUACAUGUCUGCUGCUAUUAGAUAGUUACGAGCCAGGACUUGUCACAAUUAGUUUGAUUGCAAGUGUGUGUGGAAUUGCAUUGGAUUGCAGUUUGACAAUUAACUAUUUCAUUACACUGUGGCUUGAUUUAGUUUAUGUGUGUAUGUUAGUGAAUAUUUCGUUGUACAGAAGUUUAUUUGUACGCUAUGGAGAAGAAAUCAGAAAUAAAAACGCCUACUAACGAAGAGGUUAUUGAUGAACUAACUAAAGAUUUGAAAGACUCUUGUAUUAGGGAUAGUUCAAAAGGUUUGAGUGAAGAAAAUGAAAAUAAAUGCGCUGUAUCAGAUGAUCCCUGGGAUAAUAUUGGCAAGGAAUUGGGUGAUGAAGCACAGGAUGAUAGUAAAGCUUGUCUUACUGAGCUCCCAGAAGAUUUUGUUGACGAAGAGGCUUUAAAGGACAGAGAAGUUAAUCUUAAUGAAGAUGAUGCCAAGAAAAUGAGGAUCGAUGCAGAGGCAUUGAAGAAUGAAGGUAAUACAAAGUUCAAAAAUGGAGAAUACAAGGAGGCAGUGAUAAUUUACACUAGAGGUAUUCAGACAUGUCCCUUGACAUUUGAUAAGGACAGAGCAAUUUUGUAUGCAAACAGAGCUGCAGCAAAGUCAAAAUAUAUGGUGGAUAAAGAUUCAGCUAUUGCAGAUUGUACAAAAGCUAUUGAGUUAAAUCCAAACUACGUAAAAGCGUACUCGAGGCGAGCUAGACUCUAUGAAGAAUCUGACAAACUAGAUGAGGCUCUGGCAGAUUAUAAUAAAGUUUUGACUUUUGAUCCAACUGAUUCCGAUGCGAAUUAUGCCAUUAGAAGAUUACCACCACUCAUACAAGAAAAGAAUGAAAAGCUAAAAACAGAGAUGCUUGGAAAGUUAAAAGAACUGGGGAACAUGGUUUUGAGACCAUUUGGUCUAUCAACUGAAAACUUUGAAUUACAGAAGGAUCCAAACAGUGGUGGUUACUCUGUAAAAUUCAAUCAAAAUUCAAGCUAAUGAAGAUUUCGGCAAUGAAUAUCUAUUCUUGAUUAACCUUAUUACAAAUCUGCAAUUACUUAGGCAUUAUGAAUAUUUCUGCAUUAUGAACUUCUAUGUUACAUAAUAAAAAGUAUAUAUUAGAUCUUA